AUGCCGGUGGUCGUGCGUGCGUGAUUGCUGAUGAUUUCCAGCCCAAGCCGCGCUUCGUGAUGAGCCAAAGGGUGGGAGGAGAAACGGACGCUUGGAACGGAGCGAAAAAGGUGUUGCCUCCACGCAAGCGGAACGCAGCGUCGAUUGCUUUGUUAGGAGGUGAUAGGCACGAGGCACGAAGCCUGGGGGAAGGCUUGGUGCUAUUGGUUUGCAUGAUGGCAACGACGACAACACCAUGCUAUGAUAGCAAGCCAGGCACAGCUGUGAGCUCACCCUCACCCUCACAGCUCAAGCGUGGAAGCGGCAUGUUGCUCGAUCCAGGCAGCGCGGGCGGCACUAUCUAUCAAAAGCAGAAAGGCGGUGGGUGUGAGUACAAGCAUAGCAAAGCAAAGCAAAGCAACAAGCAGAAGCAGAAGCAGGAAAGAGUCUUGCUUGGAAUUCCGGAUCCUGGUAAAUUGAUUUGA